AUGUCUCUAUUCCUAUAUCCUCUUAAACUACGCCCCCUCUUUACUUCUUCAUCGAUCAACUCCAUAAGAUGUCUACAGAUAGCUGCAAAAAAAAAAGUAUUACCGAGAUUCCUGCCAGAAAUUCAAGCAGAUUCUUUGCGCUACACUAUUCUAAGUAACAAAGGUAAAGAACGACGUCGUUUGGCAUUUCUUGGUGACAGGACCAUAAAUUUCCAUUUAACGCUUGCGCUCCACGAACAAUGCCCCGAAAUUACAAAUGCGGAGUUGUUUCAAAAAGUUAGUCGCUUGAUCUCGAGAGAGGAGCUCUCAAAAAUUGCACGGUAUAUUGGGCUUGAUUCGAUGGUGCUUACUAAUAAUAAUACAACUUUGUCUAAUGGUACAUUGGGUGAAACCAUGGAGGCAUACAUCGCUGGGUUAUGCUUAGAAGGAAAAGAAAGAGAAAUAAGAAAUUUUGCAAAUAAAAUGGUUAAAAGAUAUUUAUUGCUUGAAAAUAUUAAUAAUAUGGAAAAAGAAUUGUUUUUGCUGGCAGGAAAUCGAGAAGAGAAGAGAAUGAUCGAAAGACAGUUAAAGGUACCUGGGAAAGUAGCGGGAAAGGGUCAAUCAGCGGCACAGGAAGUAAAAACGCCGGAAAGAGUAUUGAUAAAAAAGAAGGUCAAGGCAUCAGAAAAACCGUUGAAAAAAGGACAAGAAAAGACGCCGGGAAAGUUAUUGGUAAAAGAACAAUCAAGGACUUCGGAGAAAUCAUUGACAAAAGGGCGAGUAAAUACACCAGAAAAAUCUUUAACAAAUGAACUAGCUAAAAACGCCGGAGAAAUUAUUGACAAAUGA